AUGUCAUUAUACUAUCAAUUAAAAAAAAAUAUAAUAGAACCAAAAAGAGAAAUAGAAUUCAAAAACUUUAAAAUUCGAAAUCGCUAUUUAGUUGUCAAACAAUUAAAGAGUAGAAACAUAUUCCAAUUCUAAAAUAUGAGCCCAUUUAGUCCCAAUAGAGUUAAGCAACUACCCAAGUUAAGAUUACCUAGUUUUCCUAAUUCUGAUAGCAACCGAUAAUGUCUUGCUAAAAGUCCUAAGAACAUACUCAAAUAGGUCAUUGUCUAACAACCUUAUUUAAAAUUGCUUAGUUAAUAGAGUUAGGAUCUAAAUAAAUCAAUAGCUUAAUAACGACAAAUUGAUAAGUCAAUUAAAAAAAAUAAAGGAAACUCUAUAUAUUAAAUUGAUGAUUUGAGCUUUGAGUAUAGAAUCCCUAAGUCUCUCAUGAAAUACUCAUUUUAAUUUAGUGACAAUACAUAAUUCAAUUUAAGUCCAACAAAUAAAUAAAUUUGA